CACUGCCACGCCAGAGCCGUUGCCCACCACCCAGAGCACGCGGCGGCUUGUCGCCGUGCGCGCCACACGAAGCGCCGGAGAGAAGCCAUCCAGCGCGCGCCAUGGCCACGGCGCCUCACGCCUCGGCGGCCGCCGCAGCCGCCACCCCCGCGCUGCGCUUUCCCCACCCUUUGUCCGCCACCGGCCUCGCCUCGCCUCGUCACGCUGGGGGCUGCGGCGGGUUCAGGGUUCAGUUCCACCCCACCCGGCGGGGCUGGGGUAUACAGGGGUGGCGGGAAGGUGGCUCCCACGUGGCGCGCGUGGGGGGUCUGCUGGGAGGCAUGUUCGGCGGGGGCGGCCGCGACGACGGGGAGGCGACGCGGAAGAAGUACGCCGACACCGUGGCGCGCAUCAACUCCAUGGAGCCCGAGGUCUCGGCGCUCUCCGACGCCGACCUGCGCGCUCGCACUGCAGCGCUCCAGGAGCGGGCGCGCUCCGGAGAGUCCCUCGACUCCCUCCUCCCCGAAGCGUUUGCUGUUGUGAGGGAGGCUUCCAAGAGAGUUCUAGGCCUUCGCCCCUUUGAUGUUCAGUUGAUUGGUGGCAUGGUUCUACACAAGGGGGAGAUCGCAGAAAUGAAGACUGGAGAGGGGAAGACACUUGUGGCCAUUCUGCCAGCAUACUUAAAUGCUUUGAGUGGGAAGGGAGUGCAUGUUGUCACUGUAAAUGAUUAUCUUGCAAGACGUGAUUGUGAAUGGGUUGGUCAAGUUCCCCGAUUCCUAGGACUGCAGGUUGGCUUAAUUCAACAGAACAUGACACCUGAGCAAAGGAGGGAAAAUUACUCAUGUGAUAUUACUUACGUCACAAACAGUGAGCUUGGCUUUGACUAUCUAAGAGAUAACCUUGCAAUGACUAUAGAUGAGCUUGUCUUGAGGAACUUCAAUUACUGUGUGAUAGAUGAAGUUGAUUCAAUCCUUAUUGAUGAAGCAAGGACCCCGCUUAUAAUAUCAGGCCUAGCUGAAAAGCCAAGUGAUCGGUAUUACAAAGCAGCAAAAAUAGCUGAAGCUUUUGAGCGAGACAUUCAUUACACUGUUGAUGAAAAGCAGCGAAAUGUUUUACUUACAGAGCAAGGCUAUGCGGACGCUGAAGAAAUACUGGAUAUAAAUGAUCUGUAUGAUCCUCGUGAACAAUGGGCUUCAUACGUUCUAAAUGCAAUCAAAGCUAAGGAGCUCUUCCUUAAAGAUGUCAAUUACAUAGUUCGUAGCAAGGAAGUGCUUAUUGUGGAUGAGUUCACUGGCAGAGUUAUGGUGGGCAGGCGAUGGAGUGAUGGUCUCCAUCAAGCAAUUGAAGCAAAAGAAGGUGUAACUAUACAAAAUGAAACAAUAACUCUGGCAUCAAUAAGUUACCAAAACUUCUUUCUUCAGUUUCCCAAACUAUGUGGCAUGACUGGAACUGCAGCUACAGAGAGCCAGGAGUUUGAGAGCAUAUAUAAACUAAAAGUUACUGUUGUUCCAACAAACAAGCCAAUGAUACGGAAGGAUGACUCAGAUGUUGUUUUUAGAGCAACAAAUGGAAAAUGGCGUGCUGUUCUAGUGGAGAUAUCGAGAAUGAAUAAAGUUGGGCGUCCUGUGCUUGUUGGUACCACUAGUGUUGAGCAAAGUGAAUCUUUAUCAGAACAAUUGCGUGAAGCUGGGAUUCCUCAUGAGGUCCUGAAUGCAAAGCCAGAGAAUGUUGAGAGGGAGGCAGAGAUUGUCGCUCAGAGUGGACGCCUUGGUGCUGUGACAAUUGCCACCAACAUGGCAGGACGUGGAACUGAUAUUAUCCUUGGUGGCAAUGCAGAAUUCAUGGCCAGGUUGAAGUUGCGUGAGAUCCUUAUGCCAAGAGUCGUCAAUCCAAUGGAUGGUGUCAUUGUAUCAAAAAAGCAGAUGCCACCAAGAAAGACAUGGAAGACAAACGAAAGCUUGUUCCCAUGCGAACUUUCAAAAGAAACAUCAUCAUCUGUCAAAGAUGCAGUUGAAGUGGCUGUCAAAGAAUGGGGAGAGAAAUCGUUAACUGAGCUGGAAGCAGAAGAGCGGUUGUCCUACUCAUGUGAGAAGGGACCAACACGAGAUGAUGUAAUAGCGAAUUUGAGAAAUGCAUUUAUGAAGAUAUCAGAUGAAUAUAAAGUUUACACAGAGGAGGAAAAGAAGAAGGUCAUUACAGCAGGUGGGCUUCAUGUAGUAGGGACAGAGCGCCAUGAAUCACGCAGAAUUGACAAUCAGCUUCGUGGUCGAAGUGGCAGGCAAGGGGAUCCUGGAAGCUCUCGCUUCUUUCUUAGUCUUGAGGAUAAUAUCUUCCGGAUCUUUGGAGGUGACAGGAUACAGGGUCUGAUGCAAGCAUUCAGAGUUGAGGAUCUUCCUAUUGAAUCAAAAAUGUUAACAAGGGCCCUAGAUGAAGCUCAGAGGAAAGUUGAGAACUACUUUUUUGACAUCAGGAAGCAAUUAUUUGAGUAUGAUGAGGUGUUGAAUAGCCAGAGAGAUCGUGUAUAUGCAGAAAGAAGGCGUGCACUAGCAUCUGACAGUCUUGAGUCGCUAAUUGUGGAAUAUGCUGAAUUAACAAUGGACGACAUAUUAGAUGCAAACAUAGGCCGUGAUACUCCAAAGGAAAAUUGGGACCUCAGCAAGCUCAUAGCUAAGCUACAACAGUAUUGCUAUCUUUUGGAUGACUUGACACCAGAAUUGUUGGAGAGCAAAAGUUCAAGCUAUGAGGAUUUACAGGAGUAUCUUCGUAAGCGAGGACGUGAAGCGUACUUCCAAAAAGCUGAAAUUGUGGAGAAGCAAGCUCCUGGCUUGAUGAAAGAAGCUGAGCGGUUCCUAAUUCUAAGCAAUAUUGAUAGGCUCUGGAAAGAACACCUGCAGGCACUUAAGUUUGUGCAACAAGCUGUUGGCUUAAGGGGUUAUGCCCAACGAGAUCCCCUUAUUGAGUACAAACUUGAGGGAUACAAUCUUUUCUUAGACAUGAUGGCUCAAAUCCGAAGAAAUGUUAUUUAUUCAGUUUAUCAGUUCAAACCAGUGGUGAAAAACCAAGAAGAGGAAAAACCCCAAAAUAAGGGGUCCAAAAAGAAAUUGGACAAAGGUGCUAACAAACUUGGUGCUGCCCAAGCGGCAUCAUGAUCCACCUGUGAGAAAUGUUGCCUUGCGCAAAGCUGUAUUUUAGCGGUGGCAAUCUCCCAUGUGUAUAUCCUCUCUUGCACUGUAUCACUGUAUGUGAUAGUUGACAUUUCAGUGCAUGAGAAAUGUGAGGAGCAAUUCAUGAUGAGUGAGAUGUGGAGACUUCUACUGGGACACAGCUUAGUAUGUAACUUUUUACUUGAAUUGUGAGUCCUGCUGGCAAAUUUUGCACUGCAACCAAGCAUACUAUUCAUAGUAUGGAUAACAAUCACAUUUUAUUAGUUGUACAGAAAUAGAAUUUGCUGUAGCAAGAGUUUUUGUUCCUGUACC